AUGUCGGGUGACGGCCCGCGGAACUACCCUUCCACCGGGUCAUCCGUCAUGCUGCCUCUCUCAGCCGCCGACGGGUUUACCAAAGUUGAAGUUCUCAUCUGUGGAGGCUGUCCGGACAACGGUUUCGCCAUGGCUAGCGCAGGUAAUUUCACGGACGCGCUCAGUAGCUGUGGACGAAUGGUCAUUACAGACCCGAAUCCUUCGUGGAGCAUGGAGGACAUGCCCGGGCCGAGAACCAUGUCAGACAUGCUCAUUCUUCCCAAUGGCGAAAUCAUCAUCAUCAACGGAGCACGUAAGGGUGUAGCUGGAUGGAGCAUGGCAACCGACCCCGUCCUCACACCUUACCUCUACCGGCCUGCUCCACCAGUCGGAAAGCGCUUCUUCAUCCUAGCGGCCACAGGCAUCCCGAGAAUGUAUCACUCUACUGCUAACAUGAUGGCAGACGGGAGACUCAUUGUGGGCGGCUCCAAUCCACAUGCGGGCUACGUCUUCACGGGAACUAACUUCCCCACGGAGCUCCGGCUGGAAGCAUACAGUCCUUAUUACUUAGAAAACGUCUACACAUAUUAUGCUCGCCCCAAGAUAACGUCAGUGUCGUCAACCUCCCUCUCCUACGGCACCACCUUCAAAGUUAUUUACUCCGUCCCCCAUUCUGUUACGGAUGUUAUACAGUUCAAUGCAUAUACUCCGUCGUUUACGACCCACACAAAUUCGAUGAACCAGAGGCUGCUCAUUCUCGCCGCUAAAACACCGACCAUCGUUUCAAAUGCAACCGGGAAUGUCGUGUAUUCUGCUUCCGUGACAGCCCCGCCAAGCGGUGUGGCUGCCCCUCCAGGAUAUUACAUGCUGUUUGUUGUAAAUGGUGGCAUUCCGAGCGUCGCCCCGUGGGUUCAUUUUUCAUAA